UUUGCCCGCGUGCAGUGGCUGUGCUGUGCCGUCCCGCACCGUGCCCUGAAAUCAAACUCCGAGCAAAAAAGCGCCGAGUCCAUCAACGCCAAGUCAUCGCGCAUCUACACGAGUCGUUGGCUCGGCGCGAUCGUACGGCCGCGAUGUAGAUAUAUAUAGCCCAUCGCCACCUCCUCCUCCUCCUCCUCUCACUCAGUCGCUGGUGCAAAGUGCAGCUGCAGUAGCUGCAGCAGCGCAUGGGGGGCACUGUGUCGCCGGCCCUUGUUUUCCGAGCUGCUGCCGAGCUGCUGACUGCCGACGACCGAGACGACGACCGAGUGUGUCGGGUAUGGCGUCCAGCAGGGCUGCCGACGACUGGCCGAGUGACCGUGUGACAGUCGAACGGUGACGGAUAGGGCUGGCAGGGAGGGCCCCAGACAUCGGUCGAGGGGUUCGGGCUCAACCCGGCAAACCCUACCCCGAUGGCGAUCUGGCAAUAUAACCUCUCAGCAACAGCGGUGUGUGUGUGUGUUGUGUGUCGCUCGGUGUGCCCUUACAUAACUGAUCUCACAAAAGACUAGCUUCGCAAACAUGGUGCCCGGUGUGCGGCUGACGAGGAUCAUCGGUCCCAGUUUCCUCGGUCACGUCCGCGUCACGUUUCCAUUGCGGAAGCGGUGAGUGGCAGGUGCAGCAGGCCGCAAGUGAGUGCGCGUGUAAGUGCUGGAGCGAAGAACCUACGAACUACGAACUGCUACUACGAAGCACCUGCUCCAAGGGCGGGCGGCGCCCCCUUAAUGGCGUUUGCUCGCGUUUGCCCCUUUGCCGUCGGGGUUAGUGUGUGAUGUGUUUUUUUGCAAGCAACUGUUGAGCCCGCUACUCGGUGAUCGUAACCUUCCCCACUCCCACACCCCGAAAUCCCCUCCCAAUACUCCCCCCCCCGACCCCUCACAGUGCUCCUCAAGAUGGACUUCCUGCUCGGGGGCUGUGCGGCGACCUGUGCCGGCUUCUUCAGCAACCCGUUCGACGUGAUCAAGACGCGCCAGCAGCUGCACGGCGAGCUGCUACAACGAACCAGUGGUGCUCCGGCCACCACCACCACCACCCCCGCCAGCAAUCCGUACAGCUCGGUGGUGCGCUCCUUCCGCUCGAUCCUGCGGUCGGAGGGCGUGCUCGGCCUGCAGAAGGGGCUCGUGUCCGCGCUCGCCUUCCAGUUCGCGAUGAACAGCGUCCGGCUCGGCAUCUACCAGACGGCGGAAAACUGCGAGUGGACGCGGGGCGCCAGCCCGGCCGGCACGCUGCUGCGCUCGAUCGGCUGGGGCGGGCUGAGCGGCGUCAUCGGCUCGACCGUCGCCUGCCCGUUCUACAUGGUGAAGACGCAGAUACAGGCCCGGUCGCACGGCAAGUACGCGGUCGGCUACCAGCACCGGCACACCGGCACGCUGGCCGCCCUGACCGGCAUCUACCGGGAGCGCGGCAUUCGGGGGCUGUGGCGGGGCUACCCGGGCAUCGUGACGCGCACCGCCGUCGGUUCGUCCGCCCAGCUCGCCACGUUCUCCACCUGCAAGGACCUGUUCGGGCAGUUCGAGUGGGCGCGCGACUCGGUCGCGGUGAACGCGUUCGCCGCCAGCAUGGUGAGCGGGUUCUUUACCUGCGUCUUCAUGUCACCGUUCGACGUGAUCGCGACGCGGCUCUUCAACCAGGGUGUCGAUGCGAACGGGCGCGGAUUGCUCUACCGGAGCGUGGCCGACUGCUUCACCAAAACGCUCCGGACCGAGGGCCUGCACGGGCUGUACAAGGGGUUCGUGCCGAACUACUGGCGCAUCGCGCCCCACACCAUCCUCAAUCUGACGUUCUGGGAUCAGUUCAAGGCGUGGCGUGAUCUCUACUACGGAUACUAGAGCAAGCAAUACAACUAAUGUUUAGAGCUAGAGCGUUUUUGUUGCUUAUCAGCCGGCGGAGAGUCGAGCGGUCGCGUGGUUCAUUGGUACGGCGCUCGGGUUAGCACCCGACAGGUCGUGCGAUCAAAUCUAAUCGGCGGAGAGAGAGUGGAUUUCCAGCGUGUUAAGGAGAAUGAAUGCUGCUGCACCGCAGAAGCAGCCAAAACGAAACUAACACAACAAAAAAACCGAGUUUUGCCUAACGUAGUCUAAGUCUUCAACACAAUUUGUGCGAUUUUGCUGUGUUUUUUUUUUCUUCUCUUUUUUAUUAUGAUUACCACUAGAAUCAUUACGCGUAACGCAUCAUAUGCUACCAGUACUACUUAAAACUAGAGGCUUCUGAACAAACCAAAAAAUAGGCAAAAAUAAAAAGAAAAAAAACCGCUGA